CAGGGCUUGUUGAGGAGAGCUGAGAGGAAGAGAGAGGAGAGGAGAGUGCUGGGAAGAGAAUCUUUUUUGUGCCUGAGCUUCUCGGAGAAGCGACGCUAUCACGGCAGGAUGACUGUGGCGCAGAGAAACUGGGAAUAAAACAAACUCCUUUUAAUGAUAUUAAAGACAAAAAAGCGGGAUGGAACAUUCUGAGAGAUGCGGAGGAUGCUGAGCAGUUAGAGGCACCUGCGCGUCUCCGCUCCGGCCGCAGGUGCACUACAGCCCCUCUGAGGAGAGAGUUGAUUUGGCUGAGAACUUAGAAAGAGGACAUCCUCAGAGGAUUAUUUCUCAUUUUAUUUGUUUUUCAGAGCAAACUGACUAGUCCAGUGCGUUUCAGUCACGUUUGAACUAAAAAAAAAAAAACCGUGGGAGCUAAGCAAACCCGAGGACUGCUCCCGCAGACGGCGUGAGAGCGCGGAUUACACAGAACGGCAUCUCCAGUCGGAAAGGAGAAAUCCCCACAGCUGCAGAACUUGAGCCCUCUCUCUUGACUACUUCUGUGCUGAUGACGGGGACGAUGUCUGGAUUACUGCAGCUGCCAUUCAACUUGCCUCAGGGACACGGGGAAGAGUGAGGAGAGAAGUAAGGUGAGAGGAGAGUCGGUAGCGUUUGGCUGCGUCCACUAUCCCUUUUGUGGCGCAUUUGCUGCUCAGUCUCCUCUCUCUUCAUUGGAUUCAAACAUCAAGAAACGCACGGGGAGGGCUGCGUUCACACCCUGGUAUCCCGAAGUGCCACAUCUGAGAGCUCUGUGACAGUUUGACCUGGACUUUUCUCUCUCAAGCCAGAGGAAAACCUGACUCUUGAAAUAAAGCCUGACCAGGCGUGUGAUGUACUUCAGAUUACCGGAGGCGGGAGGCAGGCCAACGAGAGACGACUGUCAGAAGAAAUGCUGGUCCCAGGUGCCCUAGCGCAUCAUCACUGGGACCAUGGCGACUCCUUGGCAAAUAAAAAAAGAGAGGUGCUUACAUGGCUUCGCCAGCCUUAUUCGAUGGUCGGCGUCCUCCUUGAUGCUCUUAUGGUUGCCGUGUGUGUUGCUGUGGCUGCCGUGGCCCACCAAAGCUGAGCAGCUGAACGGCGGGGGACCUGGUGGAAAGGUGCCUCACAGUUCCCUGUCAUCUGCCGCGUCUUCGUCACCUUCCUCGUCCUCAUCAUCACCUUCCAGCUCCUCAGCAUGGGGCUUCAACACGAGGCAGAGUGGGGGGCAGCUGGACUGGCUGCUGUCCGAGAAAGGACCCUUCCACAGAUGUCCGGAGUACACAGAGUUCAGAGAGAGGUUCCAGCAAGGGUUUUCUACAAGAUACAAGAUUUACAGAGAGUUCAGCCACUGGAAGGUGAACAGCCUGGCCACAGAAAAGAGAAAUUUCCUCAAAGCUCCGUUGCCCUUGGCACCAGAGUUCCUACGCAACCUGCGGUUACUGGGGAGACGGCCAACCCUGCAGCAAAUCAACGAAAACCUCAUCAAGAAAUAUGGGACCCACUUCCUAGUUUCUGCUACCCUGGGAGGAGAAGAGUCACUGACCAUUUUCCUGGACAAGCAGAAGCUGAAUAAGAAGUCAGAGGGCAACAGCAAUAGCUCGGUGGUCUCUCUGGAGCUGCUCCAUCAGCUGGCAGCUUCCUAUUUCACAGACCGAGAGAGCACACUGAGGCGACUCCACCACCUCCAGAUCGCCACCUCUGCCAUUAAGGUAACCGAAACAAGGACAGGCCCUCUCGGCUGCAGUAACUACGACAGCUUGGAUUCUGUUAGCUCGGUGCUGGUUCACAGUCCAGAAAAUAAGAUCCACCUAAAGGGUUUGCAAGAUGUCCUGCCGGAGUUUUUGCGCAGCCGCUUUGUGGAAGCGGCCCUCAGCUACGUGGCGUGUAACUCAGAGGGACAGCUGCUCUGUCGUAGUAACGACUGCUGGUGCCGGUGCUCUCCCAGAUUCCCAGAAUGCAACUGCCCCUUUCCGGACAUCAAAGUCAUGGAGGAGAACCUGGAAAAGAGCAAAGCUUCCUGGAACAACUUCAACCAAGACUUCAUGGAAUCUGAUGAAUUCAAAGCCUUCCUGAAGCGUUUGCCCACCGACCGGUUUUUGAAUGUGUCCACGAUUGCUAAGUUCUGGUCUACUGAUCUGUCCCUUCAAAAGCGCUACACUCAGCUGGAGGCUAGCACUGCUCUGGUGUUGGGGAAAGCCCAAAAGAUUGUCAGGAAGCUGUUCACCCUCAGCAAACGCUGUCCCAAACAGCCUCGCAUCAGUCUGCCACGGGAAAGGCCUGUUGGGUUUUGGCUCAGCACAGCUCAGUCUCUGCUUUACUGCAAUGAGCACGGAGUUCUGGGCUCCUUCUCUGAGGAGGUGAAGAGCUGUAGCUGCCCUGUGGAUCAGCCCACCUGCCAAGGAGUGAUCCCCUGUGUUGUGGGCACCACUCCCACUUCCUGCUCCCUCUGUGCCACAGACAACGCCACUCGCUGUGGAGCCUGUCACCAUGGAAACCUCCUUCACCUGGGUUCCUGCCGCCCGAGCAUUGCCUCAUCCCUGGACCACUAUCUUAACUUUGAUCUGGACAUGCCGGAUGCUGAGGUGAAAUACUUACUGAAGCGACUGGACAGCAGAAUAGAGGUCCAUGCCAUCUACAUCAGCAAUGACGUCCGCUUGGGGAGCUGGUUCAACCCUGCCUGGAGGAAGAGGAUGCUUCUGACACUUAAAAGCAACAAAAAUAAAUCCAACCUCAUCCAUAUGCUGAUGGGUAUUUCCUUUCAGAUAUGCUUGACAAAGAAUUCUACUCUAGAACCCGUGCCUGUGAUUUAUGUGAAUCCUUUUGGGGGUAGCCACUCAGAGAGCUGGUUCAUGCCUGUGAAUCAGCCUGAGUUCCCUGACUGGGAGAGAACUAGACUGGACUCCACUGCCAAUGCACAAUGUUACAACUGGACACUGUCAAUGGGCAGCAAGUGGAAGUCCUUCUUUGAAACAGUCCACAUCUACCUACGGAGCCGCAUAGUCACAGAUGAUCCAACAGUGAAUGAAACUCUCUUCUAUGAACCAUUGGACUUGGAAGACCAGACUUCAAACAUGGGCUACAUGAAGAUAAACACGCUCAAAGUGUUUGGUUAUAGCAUGCACUUUGACCCUGAAGGCAUCAAGGAUCUAAUUCUCCAGCUGGACUAUCCAUACACGCAGGGCACACAGGACGCUGCCUUUCUGAUGCUGCUGGAGAUGAGAGACCGGAUUAACCGCCUGUCUCCACCAGCACCACAGCCACUUGACCUGUUUUCUUGUUUGUUGCGCCACCGCCUCAAGCUGUCAGCUGGAGAGAUGGUACGAAUCAAGGACUCACUGCAGAUCUUCAACUCCAAGCUUCCUAAUGCUUUUCCUGAGCCCGACCUGGCACAGCUGUGCAGCUAGCUAGCUUAGCACACCGACCAGGUUCAAGAGUAGGGUUAGGCACACAGAGUUGUUGUUUCAGGGACAAUCCUGUUCUAAUGGCCUCUUGAACUCAAAAAGAUUGGAUUAACAAAUCUGCAACGGAAGUAUGGGCCUUCCUUUUAGUCACGUUUGGCUGGUUUUCAGGUGUUUCCUUUUCAGAAGUUGUACCGGUCAGAAGGCAUACUUUUGCUCUUACUGCCACACUUUUGGUAAACUUCAUGAACAGUCACGGUCCAAAGGAUUUACAUUGAUGGGAUUUUGUGAUUUAAUCUGCAGAAGGUCUUUAGACAUGCCUGGGACCUCUGCCCUGCAAAAGAUAAUGGAGAUUUGAUUUAUUAGGAGGCACUCCUGAGUGGUGAUCCAAAAUUAGUCAAAGGAUUUUCUCUUUUCUAACUAUUUUCUUUGGAUACAGAACUAUCGGGCUGGGGGUGAGCAGAUGGUGAUACUAUAUAUGAUAUGGUGAAUGAGUUAUGUUAUGUUUAACACUUUGAAAUUUGAUAAUCCUGAACGCUGGUAAAGUCUUUGUAUUUCUUUUUAAUCCACAUCUUCCAUUUUAUCUGGCAUCUGGAACUUGUAUCUAAUGUUAACAUCUGAAAGAAAAGCCUGUUAGCGAUGUUCUGGCCAUGUAUCUUUGCCAAUAGAGGAAGAAAAACAUUGGCAAACUGAGAGGGAGGAGAUUAGCCUAUGUUGAUUUGUGUUUACGUUUGAUCUGAUGAAAGAAAUUUGUCAGAUGCGGGGAGAAGAAGGUCUGCAGACAUGGCGCUGUAAAUAACGCUCCAUCUAACCCCAGAUUGUGGACUAGUGCACAUUGCUUUCUAGAUAAAGGAGUGAAAAGACCAACAAAAAAAGAUGUUUAUAACAAAACAGACUCAUGCCUUAUAUGGAAAGUCAAUGUUAAGAUAAGAAGCACAUUUCAUUUCUGUUUGGUUUCAACGCAAAGGUUGUAACGCUUUUUAUAUUUCUACCAAGACAGAACCGAAACAAUCUCUGGAGUAUGUGGUAAUGUAGCUUUUCUAUGUACAGUAAAUGCCAAUCACAUUUUAUGCUUAUGUUUUGGUUUAGUGUUGUGGAAAUUUUGCGUCACUUUUCACAGUGCCCACCAGUACUUGCACUCUGUAUUUGUUCUGCAAAAUCUUCAAAUAUACACAUUCUCCAUAAAUAACAGAAUUUGUUUCAUUUUCCUAACGUUUCUUUAUUAUCUCAAUUGUUUUAUUUAAGGCUCAAGUAAACAAAAUUACUUACUGGCUUUUGUUUUUUUAAAUUAGCCUCUUUCUUUAAUUUUAUGAUUUUCUUUAUCUAUCUAUAUUUUUAUUUUUAAUGCAGGUCAAAAUGUUUUCCUGCAAUUACCACAGCAAAUGCAAGGUUUAUCCAGGGGCAGUGAUGCAUCUUUUGAACGUCACAGACUUACAAGAAUGAAAGUUGAUAUGAUGUAACAUGUAACACACCAGUUUCUCUAUGGAAGUCAGUAAACCUUGUAUGUCAUUUUCAGCUGUUCUGUGCUCAGCUUGCUCAAGUAAAAACAAAGUGGUUUAUCUA